AUGACACAGAUUCCGGACUUUCCCUCUGGAGGAAUGGUGUUGAGCGAUGCUGCUUUAGUUGCGGCGGUCAAGAACAACGCGAUCAACCACAUCCCUCUCAACGACAUCUCACUCAACGACAUCGCGGCGGUCAACAACGUCUCGCUCGACGACGUCCCGGUCAACAAUAUCGCGCUCGACGACGUCCCGGUCAACAACAUCGCGCUCGACGACAUCGCGACGGUCGACGACAUCGCGGCGAUCAACGACAUCGCGCUCAACGACAUCCCUCUCGACGACAUCGCGCUCAACGACAUCACGACGGUCAACGACAUCGCGGCGGUCGACGACAUCGCGGCGAUCAACGACAUCGCGCUCAACGACAUCGCGACGGUCAACGACAUCGCGACG